AUGGAGGACGAACCUCCCAACUCCACCGCCCCGCUUCCUCACCUUCCCCUCUUCUCCGUCUCUUUGCUUCUGUUUUUUGUCUCCAUCAGGUGGAAGCGUCUCUUGUUUCAUGCACUCUUGUGUCUUGCGUCUCCUCUGAUCGUUUCGGCUCUGUCUCUGCCUUCCCAGGUGUCUCAGCACUUUCUGCGGGUUGUUCCUUACCGAGCUGGCUUCUCUUCUUCGACUUCCUUUUCGGUGUUUCCUCAUGCUUCCUCUCCACGCGACGUUUCCCCGUUUCUGCCAAGAGGUGAGGCAGGUCGGAAAGCGACAGAGGAGAAAGCAAGAAUUGAGGCAGAGACGCCCUCCGACCCUCAAGCUUCAACGCAAGUGGUCUCGACCGCUCCUUCGCCCCGAGUCUCCUUGACUGCCUCACUGUCCUCUCGUCCCUCACCGCUCUCUUCUUGGUCUUCUUCUCCGUCUCCCUUUCCCUCUUCGUCCCCUUCGUCCUCAUCUUCCCCGUCGUCCUCAUCUUCCCCGUCGUCCUCGUCUUCCCCGUCAUCCUCGUCUUCCCCGUCGUCCUCGUCUUCUCCGUCUUUUUCUGGAGAGGAGAAGAAGCGUUUGUCUUCCUCUUCGCCUCCGUCUUCCUGUGCUUGGUGGUCCGUCUCCGAGGAGCCUUCCUCCCGCGAAAUUCUCUGCUCGUCCUCUCCGUCUUCUUCCCACCUCCCGCUCGGAAGGCGGGGCGGCUCCUCUCGGGUGUACAGACACCUCCCGCGGGUAGUCGACGGCGCGUCGCUUCUUCGCAGUCGCGAGGGCGAAGCCGCGUCGGAUCUCCCUGCGCUCCGUUUCUCUUCUGUCUCUCCUGGAGACAGUGGAAACGCCGAGCCGGGGCGGGAGACGCAAGGUGGAGAUCGGAGGGAAUGUCGCUAUGCCAGAGAACACAGAUGGGACGCGACGCGAAGACACUUUGCGGAAAAGAAGGACGUGGCAGGAGAGACGCAGGACACCGUCCGACCCUUGUCGCUCGAUGGUGAACAGGAUGUCCAAGUGGUUCUCUCUCCACAUGCAAUUCAGAGCCUUCUGGCCGCUCCCGUAGAACCCGCUGAACCCUCGGGCGCCUCCCCGCACGCCGGAGAUUCUGCCCCGGCGGCAGUCGCGCUGCUUUACGGCUCGGUCGAGCCUUCGGGGUCGGGGGAAGGCAGAGACGGAGCGCGAGAGAGAGAGCGAGAUGCGGCAUGCGCCGGGGCGAAGGACGGCGAGAGGGCGGCAGAGAGACGGUCAGAGGCGAAGCCGGCGUGCCGGAUCCACGUCGAGGCGGUCCUCGUCUUCGCCCCCGGUCGCGGGAACGGGAGCGACGGACGGAACCCGCGAGAGAAAGAAGAAGCAAUUCGGAAUUUCCUGCUUGGAGCGUCGCCCCUUCGAGAAGCUGCGGAUCGCGCAGCGCGGCACUUGGGGCUCCAACUUGUGGGGUGGGCGUCCCUGCGGCCGCCGAGUCGCCCGGACAACGGAGACAGUGGGCCGUCUUUUAGAGCCCAAAGGGGGCGAGGAGGCGUUUCGGGGAGGCACGUCCAGGACGCCGCUCAAAAGGCGAAAAAAGGCCGAUCGGUCGGAGAAAAAGGCGAAGAAAACCCCGCCGAGGGGACUGAAAGACAGAGACGUCGCGUGACGCCGGUGGAAGUUCUCCUGUCUCUUCACUUGCAACAUCACGCAGAGAACGUGUCCGGCAGCGCGGCGCCUCUGUCUCCUUCUCCUUCUCGCCGUUCCGCCGUUCCAUUCGUGUCGCUGAUUGUGCACCGCACACUGCCGAGGUCGUCUUUGUCACCGGCCGGAGACGGGAGCGUCGAGGUUGAAGCCUUGACACUGACGCCUCAAGGCCGCGACGUCUGGGUCACUCCAGAACCGCUGCUGCCUUCUCUGGAGGAGGCGUUCGCUCUCGCGAGGGACGGCGGCGAAGAAGGACCGUCAAAGACAGAAGACGGAGGGAUCGUGCACAUCAGGAACGACGGCGACGUCGAGGCGAAACGGCCUGCGGCGUCAGGGGCUUCCCCGAAGGCGGUUCCGUUGCGGCGAAGAGUCAGGGAACACAAAGACUUCUUUUCGAUCGCACAAAAGAACAAAGAGGAGACACUCCCAAUGGUAGGGGUGAUGCCGUUGAGGCGACCGGUCGACGUCGACGGCAGGCUCUACCGAGUGCUACCCGUGGAGUUUUUCCACAGGUAUCUGCCUGUCGUUGCGGCUGAGGAGGAACCAAGAGAGAAAGAGGACGACGCUCCGACACAGGAUGAGGGCUGGACAGAAGAGGUGUUCUACUUUUCGCACCACGGCGAAGGUGAACCGGAAAGGAGUUUCCACUUUCAACGGCGCGGGCGACACGGAGACUCCGGACGCCAGCCACGGGCGCCCCCGAGCGUUUCUCAGCUGAAGGAUCUCCUGGAUGGCGGCCUUUCUUCCGGAGAUCUUUUGGAGCAUUUGCGGCGAUUCGAGCUCCUCACGCAUGUCGCGGAACUCCUUCGCAACAAAGCCGACCUCGGAAAAGAAAAGCGUUUUUCCGCUCCGGACCAAGUUCUUCCCUCCCGGGUUCUCCGGCUGAUCCGAGCGCUCGCUGCUGCGCAACGGUCAACACACGCUGGGUAG